AUGGGCUCCAUCAAAUUCCUCCUACUCUCAAGAACUUCACCCAAAACUCUUUCUCAACUUCUCCAACCCACUCCUUCGUAUUCCCUAAGAAACUUUCACUCCCUCAUCUCCCAACAAUUCAAUUCCUUCCAAACUUCCACCUUCUCAUCUUCUGCUCUUGAACUACCAGAAACUGGAGCAUCUUCUCUAAGCCUCGAUACUCGAGUCCCUGCUACUGUAAUCACUGGCUUUCUUGGCUCGGGAAAGACAACUUUACUGAACCAUAUUUUGACAUCUCAACAUGGCAAGCGGAUUGCAGUCAUAGAAAAUGAGUUUGGUGAUGUGGAUAUUGAUGGAUCGCUGGUUGCCAGUCAUUCCACUGCGAGUGAUGACAUCAUCAUGGUUAACAAUGGCUGCUUGUGCUGUACAGUAAGAGGAGAUUUAGUUAAGAUGCUCUUGGAGUUGGUGAAGAAAAAAAGAGACAAAUUUGAUCAUAUUAUUAUAGAAACGACAGGACUUGCUAAGCCAGGCCCAGUUAUAGAAACAUUCUGCUCUGAUGAGCUGGUUUCGCGUUAUGUGAAACUGGAUGGAGUUGUUACUAUGGUGGACUCCAAGCAUGCCUUGCAACAUUUGAAUGAAGUAAAACCAAGAUUUGUUGUAAACGAGGCAGUAGAACAAGUUGCUUAUGCUGACCGAAUUAUAUUGAACAAGAAAGAUUUGGUGUCUGAGGAUGAAAUGAAGAGAUUGACUAUGAAAAUCAAGCAUAUCAAUGGGAUGGCUCCAAUUAAGCUAGCCAAAUAUGGCUCUGUUGACAUGGCCUUUGUUUUGGGAGUGGGAGGAUAUGAUCUCGAAAGAAUUGAUUCAGAAGUUCAUGUAGACAAUCCCUGCAGUUCGACACAUCAACAUGGGACUGCACAAGAACACCAUGGAAUGCAUCAUCACGACCACGUGCAUGAUUCUGCUGUAUCUAGUGUCAGUAUAGUUUCUGAGGGAAGGCUUGAUCUUGAUGAGGUCGACGAUUGGCUUGAAAGGCUAAUUGAAGAAAAAGGUGAGGACUUGUACCGGAUGAAAGGUGUCUUGUCCGUCACCAGCUCUGAUCAACGAUAUAUUUUCCAGGGGGUGCAUUCUUUUUUGGAUGAAACUGUACUCAGAAAUUUAGAUGAAACUGUACUCAGAAAAGGGUCAAGUGUACUCGGGGAGGAGCAGUUGAGGAGGUCUCCAAGUUUUGAUUUUGCAAGUGAGAAUUAUGUUAUUAAUGAGUCUUCCAUAAAAUCUUGUAAAUGUUCCUCGGCAUUGGACGGGGAUGGAAAUUUUGAAAUGAAAUCUUGUUCCAGUGGGAUGUCUGAUGCAGAGGAUGUACGCCCUUUUAAGAGGGUUAAAAUUUGCGAAGAAAAUUCUGAUUCAGGAAUGUCAUAUGAAAAGCUCUUGAGACGGUCUCCCAGGAUAAAUUCUGUUAUUGUGGCUGAAAAUGGAAAAAUAAAUUCAACUAAGACGCACUCUCCAAAGAAGAAUUCUGGUAAACAACGGUCUUCAGAGAAGGCUUCUUCAGGGAAGAAGCAGAGGAAACAUGAAGGUAAUUGUUCCCUUAUUGGAGAUCCUGUCUCCAAUGAUGAAGCUCAAGAAAGGUGGCAUUGGCGAUAUGAAAUGAAGUAUUAG